GCCCAGUUCCGCAGUCUCUGCUCCAAGUCUGUUUUUGAUGAUGCCCAUAGAAGCAGGGGCAGCGGCAAGCGGCGGAGAUAGGGGUUAAGUUCCUAACAGUCUUCUUCCCCUGACCUGGCAGAUGGGGACGCUGCCCCUUAGAAGCCUUUUUCCCCGCAAUACGGGACGCCGCAGAGGUGAAAGACCAAGAAGGUGGAGCAAACUUUUAGGGAGCGCCUCUUCGGCCCGCGUACCCUUCCGCCUGUUCCUCUCUGAUUGGCCAGCGUGAGUCACGGACGCCCAAUCGCGCGGCAGCGUCCGCCGUGCCGCUCGGCGACGGCGGCGCGCAUGCCCACUCAGGGACCCACCCUGCGCCCCAGCCCUCUACAGCGCCGGCGAAGGGCAUCGACAGGGAAGCGGCUUUGGUUGCCGGAUCUGGCAGUACAGAGCCAAGGUGGCAGGGCCGCGCUGGGACACGGAUGGUCCCAGGGGGAGGGCAACAGGAAAAACAAGCACUGACACAACUGCCCCAUUUCCCCUAAAAGCAAGUUUUCUUGGGCUGACCAGGGCAUUUUCACUGUGGUGUCCGACUUGGGCAACUCGAUCUACCCGCGGGGACUCAAAAAAGCCUGAGCUGCAUUUUUUCUUUGCGUCCGGGCGGACCAAAAGGCGAGGUGAAGGGAACGAGUGUUUAUAAGAAAGUAAACUUUUGUGCAGAAUGGGCUGGGGACACCUCUGAGUUUUGCUGCCCGCAACGUGACCUUUUUAGCGCGGUCCUGGACGCGUUCCCUCGCAGCCAACCCGUCAGUCUCCUCCGGCCUUAUCCUGCCCUCUCUGAGGUGGCCGCCUGUGGGCGCUGCAAACGCCACACUUUUGCUCUACGAAGAACCUCCUCGCGACUUUCCAAGGUGUGCAACUCAGAAAAGCGCCCCCCAAAACAAGUAAAAGCCUUCGAGGAAGAGGCAAAGUCCCUGAACCGUCCUGACUCCAGCCGCCAGCCGGUGUUUGGUGGAUCAGGUCCCGGAGUUCCGCAGCCUGGGAGCCCCACACCAGGCCGGCCCCUACGGCCGCUCAGAAAACGCGGCGAGCGGAACCCGCACGCGGAAGCGCCGGCCGCACUGAGCAUGCCCAGUUGCAGAGCCGACCAGAGGAGUUUUUUCUUUUCUUUUCUUUUUUUUUUUUUUAAGGGGGGGGUCUCAAGUAGGAGGCCUCCCCACCACCCCCACCCCAGCCCCCCACCACCCCCAGCCUAAGCAGCUACCAUGGCCCAGGUGGCCGACGCGGCGUUAUCCCAGGCGGGUUGGUAUCUUUCAGAUGAAGGCAUUGAAGCUUGCACAAGCUCUCCAGACAAAGUCAAUGUAAAUGACAUCAUCCUGAUUGCUCUCAAUACAGAUCUGAGAACAAUUGGCAAGAAAUUCCUCCCCAGUGACAUCAAUAGUGGAAAGGUAGAAAAGCUCGAAGGUCCAUGUGUUUUGCAAAUUCAAAAAAUUCGCAAUGUUGCUGCACCAAAGGAUAAUGAAGAAUCUCAGGCUGCACCAAGGAUGCUGCGAUUACAGAUGACUGAUGGUCAUAUAAGUUGCACAGCAGUAGAAUUUAGUUAUAUGUCAAAAAUAAGCCUGAACACACCACCUGGAACUAAAGUUAAGCUCUCAGGCAUUGUUGACAUAAAAAAUGGAUUCCUGCUCUUGAAUGACUCUAACACCACAGUUCUUGGUGGUGAAGUGGAACACCUUAUUGAGAAAUGGGAGUUACAGAGAAGCUUAUCAAAACACAAUAGAAGCAAUAUUGGAACUGAAGGUGGACCACCUCCUUUUGUGCCUUUUGGACAGAAGUGUGUAUCUCAUGUCCAAGUGGAUAGCAGAGAACUUGAUCGAAGAAAAACAUUGCAAGUUACAAUGCCUGUCAAAGCUACAAAUGAUAAUGAUGAAUUUGAAAAGCAAAGGACGGCUGCUAUUGCUGAAGUUGCAAAGAGCAAGGAAACCAAGACAUUUGGAGGAGGUGGUGGUGGUGCUAGAAGUAAUCUCAAUAUGAAUGCUGCUGGUAACCGAAAUAGGGAAGUUUUACAGAAAGAAAAGUCAACCAAAUCAGAGGGAAAACAUGAAGGUGUCUAUAGAGAACUGGUUGAUGAGAAAGCUCUGAAGCACAUAACGGAAAUGGGCUUCAGUAAGGAAGCAUCGAGGCAAGCUCUUAUGGAUAAUGGCAACAACUUAGAAGCAGCAUUGAACGUACUUCUUACAAGCAAUAAACAGAAACCUGUUAUGGGUCCUCCUCUGAGAGGUAGAGGAAAAGGCAGGGGGCGAAUAAGAUCUGAAGAUGAAGAGGACCUGGGAAAUGCAAGGCCAUCAGCACCAAGCACAUUAUUUGAUUUCUUGGAAUCUAAAAUGGGAACUUUGAAUGUGGAAGAAUCUAAAUCACAGCCACAGCAGCUUCAUCAGGGACAAUACAGAUCAUCAAAUAUUGAGCAAAAUGGAGUAAAAGAUAAUAAUCAUCUGAGACAUCCUCCUCGAAAUGAUACCAGGCAGCCAAGAAAUGAAAAACCUCCUCGUUUUCAAAGAGACUCCCAAAAUUCAAAGUCAGUUUUAGAAGGCAGUGGAUUACCUAGAAAUAGAGGUUCUGAAAGACCAAGUACUUCUUCAGUAUCUGAAGUAUGGGCUGAAGACAGAAUCAAAUGUGAUAGACCAUAUUCUAGAUAUGACAGAACUAAAGAUACUUCAUAUCCUUUAGGUUCUCAGCAUAGUGAUGGUGCUUUUAAAAAAAGAGAUAACUCUAUGCAAAUCAGAUCAGGAAAAGGUCCCUCCUUUGCAGAGGCAAAAGAAAAUCCACUUCCUCAAGGAUCUGUAGAUUAUAAUAAUCAAAAACGUGGAAAAAGAGAAAGCCAAACAUCUAUUCCUGAUUAUUUUUAUGACAGGAAAUCACAAACAAUAAAUAAUGAAGCUUUCAGUGGUAUAAAAAUUGAAAAACAUUUUAAUGUAAAUACUGAUUAUCAGAAUCCAGUUCGAAGUAAUAGUUUCAUUGGUGUUCCAAAUGGAGAAGUAGAAAUGCCACUGAAAGGAAGACGAAUAGGACCUAUUAAGCCAGCAGGACCUGUCACAGCUGUACCCUGUGAUGAUAAAAUAUUUUACAAUAGUGGGCCCAAACGAAGAUCUGGGCCAAUUAAGCCAGAAAAAAUACUAGAAUCAUCUAUUCCUAUGGAGUAUGCAAAAAUGUGGAAACCUGGAGAUGAAUGUUUUGCACUUUAUUGGGAAGACAACAAGUUUUACCGGGCAGAAGUUGAAGCCCUCCAUUCUUCGGGUAUGACAGCAGUUGUUAAAUUCAUUGACUACGGAAACUAUGAAGAGGUGCUACUGAGCAAUAUCAAGCCCAUUCAAACAGAGGCAUGGGAGGAAGAAGGCACCUACGAUCAAACUCUGGAGUUCCGUAGGGGAGGUGAUGGCCAGCCAAGACGAUCCACUCGGCCAACCCAACAGUUUUACCAACCACCCCGGGCUCGGAACUAAUAGGAAAAGACUCUUUGUGAAGAAACGAGCCAGUGACUGAAACAUCCUGGUGGAAACCUGUUGACAGACCUUCCACUUUCUCUUCAGAAUAAGUAGCAGCUGUGGUGGAUAUUAUUCUUUGAAGAAAGAAAAAGCAGAUUUUAGGGUGGAAAAAACAGUCAACUCACACAAAGAAUGGGAAAAAAUACUGAGUUAAAUUAAGCAAAUACCUUUUACAAGUGAAAGGAAGAAUUUUUCUUCUGCCAUCAAUAAAAACCAUUGUGCUAUUA